AUGAGUGAGCAAGGUAAAAAACAACCAUCACUACUGUUCACACCAUUGACAAUACGCGGUGUGACACUUAAGAACCGCAUAGGAGUGUCACCGAUGGCCACGUGGAAAGCGGUGGACGGUAUACCCAACGACUAUCACGUGAUGCACUAUGGUUCAUUUGCCCAGGGUGGUGCCGGACUGGUCAUGGUAGAGGCUACGGCAGUUGAGCCCAGGGGCCGUAUGACACCGGCCGAAACAUGUAUCUACAAUGACGAGCAGGUAGAGGGGUGGCGCCGGGUUACCGCCCUGAUCAAAUCGUUAGGUUCAGUGUCGGCCAUACAAAUCUUUCAUGUGGGUCGUAAGGGCUCGGUGCCGGCCAACUGGAAAGACUUUAACCAAUCGUAUUUGUCAGAUGACCAGGGUGGUUGGCCUGUCAUAGCUCCCAGUGCUAUACGAUUUAAUGAUAAGCAUAGAGUGCCCAAAGAGGCCACACUUGAGGACAUAGAAGUACUGCAACAGGCGUUUGUGUCGGCGGCGCUCCGAGCGGUUAGCGCUGGCUUUGAGGUGAUUGAGUUACACUACGCUCAUGGAUAUUUAGUAAACCAAUGGCUGUCGCCGGCUUGUAAUCAACGCACCGACCGAUACGGCGGUUCACUCGAGAAUCGGAUGCGCUUCGGCUUAGAGACGGCCCGUCGGGUGCGGGAAGUGAUCCCCAAAUCAAUGCCACUGUUUGUGAGGAUUUCGGUC